AUGAAAGGCAACGUUAUCAUAGAAAAUUUAUCAGGAUGGAGAGAUUGGCAGAGCAGUUUGAAUAAGCACAAAACGCAUGUAAAACAAAUACUAAGCUCAUCCUCACGAAUUGACAACGGAAAACCUAAAGGUUUUCCAAUGCAUUCACAAAUGGCAUCAACAAGGGAGUUUUAUACUCAUGGUAAUGAUAACUCAGAGCGAAAAAAUGAAAUCCAAAAAUCCAAUGAAAAAUUUUUAGAAAGACUCCUUGACGUGACAUCUACAGUGCAAGUUUCUCAAGCAGAAGAAAAAAAUAUCAAAAAAUAUAAAGAAAGAUGCAAAAAAGAAGUAGAUAAACAGAGGGAUAGAGAAAAUUUAGAAAUUUAUAAAAGAAUUAGCCAUGCAUCAAGCUCUUUAAAUUUUACGAAAUUUGAGAACGAUUUUAAGAAAAGUAGGCUAAAAAAUUAAGCGGAUAAUCACUAAUCUUUGACCUGUAUCGGCUGAAAAAGCUAGUCUCCAUAGAUCUGAGAGGUCAAAUGUGGAAAAAUGGCAGACUCCAUUCUGGAUUUCCAAUCUGAAUCAUCUGUCUAAGGGGAUUAGCUCCUAGGGCAGAACCAUCAUCUUUUGAAUGAUGCCCGAUGUCCUAAUAAGUAGAGGCCAUAUGGUAGGCAAACCUGUCUAGUCCGUCUGGCAGGGACAAACAAAGCUUUCCUCUUUGGUAGACAUCCCGAAACCCUACAGUCUACCUCAAAAAUGACAGAGGUACUAUGUUUGGCUUCAUCAGGAUGGGUCCUAUCUACUUAUAAAAGUAUCCUUCGGAUUCUUUCUUCCUUUGAUGUCACCAUUUCAUUUCUAAGAAAAGCAAGGAAUAUUCAAAAUUAAGGACGAGAAAAAAAUUCUCGAAAUUUCCUGCUUUAGGGAAGAAUGGUGGCAGUAACUCAAGCAAAGAAAUAAUAAGUAAUUUAUAG